AUGUGUAAAAAAAACUCGUUCAGCUGCUAUCCGAGACGUCAUAGUAGACAUCCUGGGGGUUUAUGCCGUUCAGCACCAGCUGGGCCAAGCAGCUUCAACCAACCAACAACCUGGUCCGGUGGAGGUUGCAGCCGAAACUUCCGAGCAGCAGCAACCCGAAUCAAAGCCAGCAGAACCUGUGCAAAAUAUACCAGCUGCUGUGGAGUCCCAUCAUCAAGUAGGAGGUUUUCGCCGCUGGUCACAGACUUCGGCUUCAGUGAGGCGGACCCGCCCGUUUUGGUGCAGCGAGAUGAGAGACCGUGUUCCAUAAUUCCCCGGUUUAAGCGUAUUUUAUGCAUUCUCGUGUUUAUGCUCCUCAUCAGGAAGCGACCAAUACGCCGUUUGGAUCUACGGUUGAACCCAAUCUUCACCGAGGGAGUCAUCUUUGUGCUGGCUCUGAUCUACCAGGCUCACAUGGCACUGCGGUUUAACAAAGACCUUCGGCUGAUGGAUUUUUCGUCCAACAAGCUGGACAACGCAUAAAGUUCGCUGCUGCUCCAGCGGGUUCGGCGGAACAAAAUGUCGUAGCGGUUCGAUCUCCGGAGGCACCUCGGCGGAUGUUUUGGCAAUUAUCGACGAGCUGGUCAUAGAAAAUCGGGAUCCGCACAGUAUGAGGAAUUAUAUAACAAUAAACUAUUUUAUUAUUCAACUAAAACAUCUUCGAACCACUAGAUAUUCCAGCACAAAUUUAUCGCUUUCCGCUUUUCA